CUCUUUUCCUCUCCGUCACGUGUGUCACCCAACCCUCCCUACCCUCGCCAUGGCUCCCAAGUUUGACCUCUCCACGCCCAAGGGCCUGAUGCCGUUCAACGGCUACAUCUCGGCCAAGUCGUACGUGGAGGGUUACUCCUACUCGCAGGCGGAUGCGGACAUGUUCGCCACCUGCUCUGGCGUCCCGGACAAGACCAAGGCGCCCCACGCCUACCGCUGGUACAUCCACAUCGCCGCCAUCAAGGGCGUCAGGAGCUUGAGCUUGGCGCCCAGCAGCGGCUCUGCCCCGGCCGCGGCGCCUGCGUCCACCUCGAGGGCGGCACCCGCGGCGAAGGCCACUAAGGUCGACGACGAGGACGAUGACGACGACGACCUCUUCGGGGACGAUGAGGAGGAGGAGGCGGCCAAGCCCGCGGAGAAGAGCCGCGCUGAGAAGAUGGCGGAGGCUAAGGCUGCCAAGGACGCCAAGAAGAAGAUUGACAGGUCGCAAAUUGUGUUUGAGGUGAAGCCGUGGGACACGGAGACGGACCUCAAGGGCUUGUUCGCCAAGAUUUGCAAGACUGAAAUUGAGGGGCUUGUCUGGGGAGAGGCGCACAAGCUCGUGCCCGUGGCGUUCGGCGUGAAGAAGCUGGUUCUGUCGUGUGUUGUGGAAGAUGACAAGGUUGGCGUUGAAGACAUCACUGACGUCAUCGAGGGUUUCGAAGACGAAGUACAAAGCGUGGACAUGACCACCAUGAACCGCCUCUAGUCUGGAAAACCCCUUGUAAAAAGGAGAUUUUUUCCGAUUUUGUCAUGUCGUCAGCUUCUCUGUUGUGUUUGUUUGUCUUGUGCGUGUGUGUUGACACGCGGGGGUGACGCUCGCGCUUGUGGGCGUGCGAAGGCGGGGGGCAGCCUUCUGCUGCCAUUGUGAGGCACGAAAAGGACUACUGUUGGGUGUUGCUCCGUUGAGUCUGGUUGAUGUUUCAGUGUGUGCGGAGCACACAACGUCAUUGUGGGGUACGAACAGGACUGCUGUUUGGCUAUCCUAGUUGAUGUUUCUGUUUGCGUGCACAGAGCACACAACCUCCCCGAAUCAACCCUUGAGAUCCCCAAGUUUUGCAAAUCGAUUAUUGAGUGCUACAGUAGCUGUUUCGUCGUAACACUGGGCUUGCGGCACAAACUCUUGAUUGGGAUCCUACACCGCGGGGCCCCCUGUUUUGCUUCUUGAAGCCACACCCUCUCGGACAUUUCUUGACGAGGCAGGCGUGGUUUUCCCGUCCAGCCGCCGCUGGUGGUUGCAGGGUUGCGAGCUCGACUUGCUGGUGCCAUUUGGCGAAGGCCGUGUCGAACGACACAUGUUUGCAGACUGCUCCACUAUUAUAAUACCAGAAUUUGGCAGUGGUUUUGAUUGAAACACUUGCUGUUUGUCCGUGUGUCCGAUUUGGACACCCAUUUUCAGCCUCCCUCAGCCUCGUCGUGUGUCCGGUGUUCUCUACGCACCAGAUGUUUUCGCGUAUCGAAUCGUGUUGCUCGUGCGUGAUACAUGUGGCGUUUGGUGACUUUCUCACCUACAGCCACCCCUACUUAGCGGUCGACCAUCACGCAGGCAUUAGAUUCUCCUGUGCCAUGAGUGCUGA